AUGUUCAAUCAGAAACGCCAGUGGCCGAGAUUGUUGCUUCUGCGUUGCAUUUCCCUGACCCCCAAGCAUGAGCAAGCGACCGCUGCAGCGGCCCUUCGCAAAAUUGCCGUGUCUAGUGUCCUUUACAGAGCCUGGUCGAGCGCUGUUGCGCGCAAGCUGCUCGUUUGGUCUCGCGCACGUUUCGUGCACCCUGGGAUCGAAGGCGGUGUCCCUGGGCCGGAGCCGGCGGACUUCUUCCUUGAAGUGGCAUUCGAGCUCGAGGCAGCCUCGGUUGAUGGGGUCGCUCUGGCGGGGGGUACCGCUAACGUGAUCAAGUUCUUUGACAGAAUCCCUCGCGCCUUGGUCAAUUACUUGCGCAUCCAGCUCGGUGCCCCCGCUGGUUGUGUUCAUGCGUGGAUGGACCACCUCCGUUCCGCAAUCCGUUUCGUUCGCGUGCGCGGCGGCAUCGGGGUCGGCAGGCGCGCUGCCGCCGGCGCGGCAAACGGAGCCGCGGGGAUCCUGACUGCGCGCGUUGCUGCCCAAUCGCUUCCCGACGCUCUGCCGAUCCAGCUGCUCCGGAAAACAUGGUCGGACGCAGACUGGGCUCCGGGCCACCCGGCGGGCCCCUCUGGCCUGGCGCGCGGCCAUCUGCUGGCCUGCUGCCGCCAGGAGGUCGAGUGCCUCAUCGCCGAGGCCACCGCGGACUACGCAUCCCGACGCGCCGCUGCUGCCCGCCCAGAGCUGGCCAACUUGGGGCGCGUCGACGCGGCCACCACGUUGGGCUGCAGUCGUGAUCUUGGGGACCUGGCUGCAGGGGCGCUCUUUGCGCGCCUCGCCGGGCUCGUCCAUGCGCAGAAGGUCUUCGCGAAGAUCGCCGGUGACGAGGAUGAUGCCGCGUGUCCUUGUGGUGCCGAGGUUGAAACCCUUUCCCGCAGGUGUCGACGGUGUUGCUUGCGCAGCGUGGAGAGGGCAGACAUCCCAGAGAUUGCAGACCCAGCCCAGGUUGACGAUGCCCUCGCCACGUUUGGCAUCGGAAGCGAAUUUUUCGGCCCCACCUCGAGUUGCGCGUCCGCGGCCCCGCCGGACUGGCUCGCUCUGCGCAUGUAUGUCGACGACGACGGGCACAUCAACUUCUUCAGCGACGGCUCCACCGAUCCUGCCGAUGACGCUCGGUGGCGCGUGGCCGGCAAAGGGGCGGUUUUCCGCGCGUGCGAGGCUGGCGGCUCACUCCGGUGGCGCCUCUGGCACCCUCCUCUGCCAGGUCCCGUGCAAACGAUCACUCGUGCGGAGCUUGUUCCUCUAGUCAUGUUGGCUACCACUGUGGAUCAUGACUUCCGUGUCUGGGUCGACGACAAGUCUGUGGUCGACGAGGCCCGGGCCCGCGUCGCAACUGCAGGCCGCGGCCUGCCAGGAUGCUACGCCGCUCGGCCUAACGGCGACUUAUGGCUGCAGUUUGACGAAGCCCACCGCGCCCGCCCUGCCAGGCGCGCGGCGGUGACGAAUAUCAAGGCUCAUACAGAACGCAACGACGCCCGGACGGCAAUGGGCGCCUACCUCUGGGGCGGGAGCGAUAGAGCCGACGCCGCGGCCAAGCGGGGCCGUUCCGCGCACGAGGGCGCCCGUGAUACUGCUCGUGCCGAGGUGCAGCGAGUCGCGGCCCUGGCGCGCCGCGUCCAGCGUUCCCAGCUCGCGGCGCAACGCCGCAUGCUUGACGCGCGCAGCGGAGAUGACCCGGUUCAGGGCGACGACGCUUUCGGCGGCUCGGUUUCUGACGUGAACGGCGAAUCCGACGACCUGCCGUCGCGGCAUCCGCUGGCCUACGGCAGCGCGCGCGUCGUGGAGUUGGCGAUGCUCUACGAGAUCCAAACGCGAACGCGCCUCCCUGUGAAAACUGGCCCGGGCAAGUGUUUGCUGCCCGAUUGGCGCACGUUGGCCGCCGUCCUGAGCCGGGCGCUCAAGGAGAAGGGCAUGCUCGUGCAGGCGGUGAUCAAGGUACUGGAGCAGCACGGCGCGGGCUUCGCGGAGUCGCCCGCGCACGCCCUGUCCAUGCGGCCGCAGAUGCAUCCCCGUGCCCUGGGCGCCCAGCUUGAGACUUUCUUCUGGGGCCCUGCAGUCCGGAAGAGCAAGCUUCAGAUGGGCCAUGUUUUCACGACUGCCCCAGGCGGAGCUCCUCUGAUUGACGUCGCGGAGCGCGCCAUUGGCGCAGAUCCUCUCAGCGAGCGUCUGGUCCUGCACGGCAGCGCCCGGAGCGCUUUUGAGCAGGCCGACCUCGACCUCUGGGUGGCGGAGCUCCGCCGCCCGGGAGGGCCGCGCCCAGCUCGCUGCCGCUAA